UCAACAGUCCAACUUUCUCUUUCUCUCUGUUCAAAGGCAUUUCGGUUUCGAAUUAGAGGAGCUGAUCAUCUCGACCAUUGCCCCUUCUGUUAUUGUCGCAGCCUUAGAUCCGAACCAGCGAGGAUCUAGGAUUGGGAGCUCUUCAGGAGGGUCUCUCUCUCUCUCUCUCUCUCUCUCUCUCUCUCUCUCUCUUUCACACACACACACUGCCCCCGUGUCUCGCUCGGUGUAUGUGUGUGCACGUGCGAGGCUUGAUCUGAGUGGCGAUGGCGUUGUCGGGCAUGCGAGGGCUCUCCGUAUUCAUCAGCGACGUCCGCAAUUGCCAGAACAAAGACCAGGAGCGCCUCCGCGUCGACAAGGAGCUCGGAAACAUCCGUACUCGCUUCAAGAACGAGAAGGGUUUAUCACCAUAUGAGAAGAAGAAAUAUGUUUGGAAAAUGCUCUACAUUUACAUGUUGGGUUAUGAUGUGGAUUUUGGUCACAUGGAAGCUGUUUCUCUAAUAUCUGCACCAAAAUAUCCAGAAAAGCAGGUUGGGUACAUUGUGACGUCAUGUUUGCUAAAUGAGAACCAUGAUUUUUUAAGACUGGCGAUAAACACUGUGCGCAAUGAUAUUAUUGGUCGCAAUGAGACUUUCCAGUGUUUGGCAUUGACUAUGGUUGGCAACAUCGGCGGGAGAGAUUUUGCUGAGUCAUUAGCCCCUGAUGUUCAAAAGCUACUAAUCUCUAGCAGUUGUAGACCGCUUGUGAGGAAGAAAGCUGCACUCUGUCUGCUGCGCUUGUUUAGGAAAAAUCCCGAUGUCGUCAAUGUUGAUGGCUGGGUGGAUCGGAUGGCACAGCUAUUAGAUGAACGUGAUCUUGGUGUCUUGACAUCAUCUAUGAGCCUUCUCGUUGCCCUAGUGUCAAAUAACCAUGAAGCAUAUUGGAGUUGUCUUCCAAAGUGUGUUAAAACAUUAGAGAGGCUUGCCAGGAACCAGGAUAUUCCCCAAGAAUACACUUACUAUGGUAUCCCAUCCCCCUGGCUUCAGGUUAAGACAAUGAGGGCUCUUCAGUAUUUCCCAACAAUUGAAGAUCCAAAUACCAGAAGAUCAUUGUUUGAGGUCUUACAACGGAUAUUGAUGGGGACUGAUGUUGUGAAAAAUGUAAAUAAGAACAACGCAUCACAUGCUGUUCUCUUUGAAGCUCUUGCUCUUGUCAUGCAUCUUGAUGCCGAAAAAGAGAUGAUGUCUCAGUGUGUUGCCCUUCUUGGAAAGUUUAUUGCUGUUCGCGAACCAAAUAUUCGAUAUCUUGGCUUGGAGAAUAUGACCCGGAUGUUGUUGGUGACAGAUGUGCAAGAUAUCAUCAAAAGACACCAAGCUCAGAUCAUAACCUCAUUGAAGGAUCCCGAUAUCAGUAUUCGUAGACGUGCUCUUGAUUUGCUUUAUGGUAUGUGUGACAUUACAAACGCAAAGGACAUAGUUGAAGAAUUAUUGCAGUAUCUCAGUACAGCAGAAUUUGCAAUGCGUGAGGAAUUGUCACUUAAAGCUGCUAUUCUUGCAGAGAAGUUUGCCCCUGAUUUAUCAUGGUAUGUCGAUGUGAUUCUUCAAUUGAUUGAUAAGGCUGGGGAUUUCGUUAGCGAUGACAUAUGGUUUCGUGUUGUGCAGUUUGUUACAAACAAUGAAGACCUACAGCCUUAUGCAGCAGCAAAAGCGAGAGAGUAUCUUGACAAGCCUGCUAUACAUGAGACAAUGGUGAAGGUCAGUGCAUAUCUCCUUGGAGAAUUUGGCCACCUUUUGGCAAGACGGCCUGGGUGUAGUCCUAAGGAAUUAUUUAGCAUCAUACAUGAGAAGCUUCCUACUGUACCGUCUUCUACCAUUCCUAUUCUUCUUUCUACAUAUGCUAAGAUUUUAAUGCACACUCAACCCCCAGACCCAGAACUACAGAAUCAGAUUUGGGGAAUAUUUAACAAAUAUGAGAGUUGCAUUGAUGCUGAGAUACAACAACGAGCUGUGGAAUAUCAUGCCUUGAGUAGGAAAGGUGCAUCUUUAAUGGAUAUAUUGGCUGAAAUGCCCAAAUUCCCUGAGCGACAGUCUGCAUUGAUCAAGAAGGCUGAAGAUACUGAAGUUGAUACUGCGGAACAAAGUGCUAUAAAGUUGCGGACCCAGCAGCAAACGUCAAGUGCUCUGGUUGUAACUGACCAGCGUCCUGCUAAUGGGACACCAUCCGGCAUCCAGCUUAGUCUGGUAAAGGUGCCCAGCAUGAGCAUUAAUGAGGAUCAUAAUAUGGCGGAGCAAGGGCUGUCACAUGAGAAUGGAAUUUUGAGUAAAGUAGAUCCCCAAACUCCUUCAGCCGAUCUCCUUGGUGAUCUGUUGGGCCCACUGGCUAUUGAAGGCCCUCCUGGUACUGAUGUCCAGUCUCAACAAAAUAUAGUAUCUGGCUUGGAAAAUGUUCCAAAUACAGUGGAAGCAGCAGCCAUUGUACCUGUUGAAGAGCAGACAAAUUCAAUUCAGCCGAUAGGAAGUAUUGCUGAAAGGUUUCAUGCUUUGUGCUUGAAGGAUAGUGGCGUUCUAUACGAGGAUCCUUAUAUCCAGAUUGGCAUUAAAGCAGAGUGGCGAGGACAUCAAGGACGAGUUGUUCUUUUCUUGGGAAACAAGAAUACUUCUCCACUUGUUUCUGUUCAUGCUAUAAUAUUGCCUCCGUCCCAUUUAAAGAUAGAGCUCUCAUUAGUCCCGGAUACUAUUCCUCCCAGAGCGCAGGUGCAAUGCCCUCUUGAAGUUGUGAAUCUCCGCCCUAGUAGGGACGUGGCAGUUCUUGAUUUCUCCUACAAGUUUGGUAACAAUAUGGUCAAUGCCAAGCUUCGCCUUCCUGCUGUCUUGAAUAAAUUUCUUCAUCCUAUAUCAGUUUCUGCUGACGAGUUUUUCCCUCAAUGGAGAUCACUUUCAGGACCACCUUUGAAGCUCCAAGAAGUGGUUAGAGGCGUAAGACCAAUGCCUCUCCUGGACAUGGCAAAUUUAUUCAACAGUUUUCGGUUGAUGGUAUCUCCAGGACUUGACCCAAAUCCUAACAAUCUUGUUGCAAGCACGACAUAUUAUUCAGAAAGUACGAUGGCCAUGCUCUGCUUGGUUCGAAUUGAAACUGAUCCCGCAGACAGAACCCAGUUGCGUAUGACAGUUGCUUCAGGGGACCCAACAUUGACAUUUGAGUUGAAGGAGUUCAUCAAAGAACAAUUAGUUAGUAUUCCUACAGCAUCGCGUGCUCCAAUGCCAGCAACACCUGCACCUCCAAUACCUCAACCAACGAGUCCAGCAGCAGCACUAACGGAUCCUGGAGCCAUGCUGGCUGGUUUACUGUAACAAAGGUGAAGGGUGAGUGAAGCGUGACAGUUUGUUCAUUAUACACUUGUAAACCUGAUUUAUACAGCUGAGCCACCCAUAUGUGCCUCAAGCUAUGUGGUGGAUGAAGAAAUCAAAAUGCAAGGGCUGGCGGAAUGGUGAGCUAAUUUAGUAAUCGGCUGAGUGGGAUUUCCAUGGGGGCGGUCUCGGGAUUUUGAGAUUCUUUCUGUGCAAAAAAAAUUGUGCCUUGGUGAGGUUUUUCUCUUUUUGGGGUGAGGGUUCUUUAUUAUUAUUAUUAUUCUUGAUUUUUUUUCCCCUUCCCUGUAACACUGGAUUGGUUUCUGUAGCAUAAUAUUUUGCCUCAUGUAAGAUAGUUUGCAUGAAUUAGAACCAGUUGUAAUAGUUUUUGCAUUUGUUUGUUAAUCCAUAGUAAUAUUCUUAAUAAGAGCAAUUAUUAUUGGACGGCACAACAGUGC